CUUUCCCCUUCCUCCUCCCGUCCACCACACCCCGGCUCCACCCCGUGCAAAUCCGCUGGCCGCAGCAAGAGAGGUCGAGGAGGGAAACAGAUCGGGUGGCGGCAACCGGUAGCCGGUUCCGCUGGCACGAUGGGCGGCGAGGCCGAGGGCGGGGAGCGGCGGCUGGGGCGGGUCCUGAGCUUUGGGAUCCCGGACACGGCGCUGGGGCUAGUGAUGGGGUACGUGGAGGACCCUUGGGACCGCGACGCCAUCUCGCUGGUGUGCCGCCACUGGUGCCGCGUCGACGCGCUCAGCCGCAAGCACGUCACGGUGGCCAUGGCCUACUCCACAACACCCGAGCGCCUGUUCGGCCGCUUCCCGUGCCUCGAGUCACUCAAGCUCAAAGCAAAGCCCCGCGCGGCCAUGUUCAACCUCAUCUCCGACGACUGGGGCGGGUCUGCGUCGCCGUGGAUUCGACAGCUCUCGGCCACUUUCCACUCCCUCAAGAAGCUCCACCUGCGCAGGAUGAUAGUAUCCAAUGACGACAUCAACACGCUCGUCCGCGCCAAAGCCCAUAUGCUCGUGUCGCUGAAGCUCGACCGCUGCUCAGGCUUCUCCACGCCCUCCAUCGCACUCAUCGCCCGCUCUUGCAGGAAACUGGAAACACUUUUCCUGGAAGAAAGCAUGAUUGAUGAGAAAGAAAAUGAUGAAUGGAUCCGUGAGCUUGCUACGAGCAAUUCUGUUCUUGAGACACUGAAUUUCUUUCAGACAGAUCUCAGGGCAUCCCCAGAGUAUCUUACCCUUCUUGUGCGCAACUGUCAAAGGCUGAAAACCUUGAAGAUUAGCGAGUGUUUCAUGCCUGAUCUGGUUAGUUUGUUCCGAACUGCACAAACACUACAAGAAUUCGCUGGUGGUUCCUUUGAAGAUCAGGGUCAACCUGUGGCAGGUAGAAAUUAUGAGAACUACUAUUUUCCUCCUUUACUGCACCGCUUGAGUUUGCUCUACAUGGGAACAAAUGAGAUGCAGAUACUGUUUCCAUAUGCUGCUGCACUUAAGAAGUUAGACCUUCAGUUUACAUUCCUUUCCACAGAGGAUCACUGUCAGAUAGUUCAGCGCUGCCCCAAUCUGGAAACCUUAGAGGUGAGGGAUGUCAUAGGGGAUCGUGGGCUACAAGUUGUUGCAGAGACCUGCAAGAAAUUGCAGAGGCUCAGAGUAGAGAGAGGAGAUGAUGAUCAAGGAGGUCUUGAGGAUGAACAAGGUAGGAUUUCACAGGUUGGGGUGAUGGCUAUAGCCCAAGGCUGCCCUGAGUUGACAUACUGGGCAAUAUAUGUAUCGGACAUUACAAAUGCAGCUCUAGAGGCGGUUGGUACAUGCAGCAGAAAUCUUAAUGAUUUCCGCCUUGUCCUUCUUGAUAGAGAAGCACAUAUAACUGAGUUGCCACUGGACAAUGGGGUUCGUGCUUUGCUUAGAGGUUGCACCAAACUCAGGAGGUUUGCAUUUUAUGUGAGACCUGGGGUCCUAUCUGAUGUUGGUCUUGGCUAUGUUGGAGAAUUUAGCAAGAGCAUUCGAUAUAUGUUGCUUGGCAAUGUUGGUGAAUCUGAUAAUGGAAUUAUACAAUUAUCAAAAGGCUGCCCAAGCUUGCAAAAACUGGAGCUGAGGGGUUGUUUGUUUAGUGAGCAUGCUUUAGCUAUGGCUGCACUAGAGCUCAAGUCACUGAGGUAUCUGUGGGUGCAAGGAUUCAGGUCAUCUCCAACCGGAACUGAUCUUAUGGCAAUGGUACGCCCCUUCUGGAACAUUGAGUAUAUUCUUCCAGACCAAGAUGAACCUUGCCCAGAGUAUAAGAAACAGAUUCUGGCAUACUACUCCCUUGCUGGAAGGAGGACAGAUUGCCCUCCAUCGGUAACUCCACUUUACCCAGCAGUUUGAGCGUAGAUACUUGCUUUUUGCUAGACUGAAUCUCAUGGUACUAAGCUCCAUUGCUCCCACAAUCUGUGAAAUCGAUGGUUCCUGUUGAUGGGGACAUGCAGACGUUCCAUUGCACAUAACCCCAGAGCUAAGCUUUAAGCAGGACGACAGCUCGGAGCUGAGGCUAGCUGAGAACAAUCGUGAAUACCUGAAGGCAGCACUUUGUGGAUCAGAUUGGCCUAGCUGUCCAGUAUGGAAAUGUAAACUUUGCCAUUUUGAAUAGUUUUGGAGAAACAAUUUUGUAAUAAUUUACCCCUGUUUAGUGUACAUUAUUGAUUUUCGUUUAUAUGAUGAUGUUGUAUUGCUUUAUUU